AAAAGCACACACACCCACUUGACUUGGUUGCCAUAAAGUGAAAGAUGGAGUCACCACACUCAAGGUUGUCCAUGCUCAUCUCCUCCCGUCCAACCACACCACCGGACUCUCCCCCUCCUCCGCCGCACACGGCGCCAGUGUCCGUGCCUUUCAAGUGGGAGGAAGCACCCGGUAAGCCUAGGCAGCCUUGCCACGUGGACACUAACGAAAAGGAUACUAGAUCGUUGGAGCUUCCUCCGAGGUUGUUGUUUUUAGAGUACUCCAACAACAAAGUGUCGAGCAUGGACGUGCCUUCUCCCACCACCGUCUUGGCUGGGCCUUACGUGGGCCGGGCCAUGUCCUUCACCACUUCCUACAGAACUCCCCGGGACACUCACAAUAAUUCUUUUUCCACUUUUGGGUCUGCAAGGUUUCCCACUUCCACCAACAUCCCCCACCAUGAUCCCGAGGGCACUUUCGACUUUUUCCCUCAUCAUAAUAAUAAGAAGGUUAAGUUUCCACGCCGCUACUUGAGCCUCUCUAACAACCACUCCAACACAAACUCACAUUUUUGGAAAAUACACGAGGCUGAUAAAGCAUCUACAUUUUCUGGUGCCCAAAAGCUGGACUUUCAAUUCAUUGCUACAGAGGAAAUUGCACCGACUGGAUAGUAGUGCAAGCAUUUAUGAAAGCUUUAAGCAAAUGGUCCCAUGGAAACGCAAGCAAGAAAAACAAAGAAAACGAGCUUAUUAAUAUUGAGUUUAUCUUUAAUUGACCAUUUACAUGUCAUGGUGGUUCUCUUAAUUAUUACUAUUGUUAUUACUACAUUUAUGUUUAUUAUGCAUAGUCCAAAUAUUUUGCUUAGCAAAAUAUAAAUUAUUAUAGAUGUAAAAAUCAAUGCAAAUAUAUGUAUUUGACUGUCUAAUGAUAAAGAGACAUAAGGUGCAGUUGUUUUCUUACUGCAUCAACAUGUGAUGUUUAAUUUGUACAGUAGAAAUCUGUAUAUCCUUUAAUUGUUUUAAUAUAUCAAUUUCUUUUGA